CAACUGGUCGACCAAAUAAAUUAACGAAAAAGAUUCAUAGACAUUAUCACAUAAAAUCAAAAGAUACAGAUGAAGAAAUAAGUGUAAUAGAUUACUCUGACUAUGUUUACAAAUCACCGCAGCCCCAUUUCACAUAUGUAGAUGUAAUUAAUUCAUUGACAGAUGAUGAAUUGGGGGAAAUUAAGCAUACUCAAGUAUUAGAUAUUAAUUCGGAUGAAAGUUUGGAUUCGUCAUGCGGAAAAUGGCAAGAAGAAUAUAUGAAAUUGCAUGCGAAUAUUUUGGAUGAUAAGGCGGAACAGAGAUACGUUACCUAUAUUUGUGAUGUUAACACAAAUUGUGGUGGAUUAGCAGAUCGCCAGCCAAUGGCUGAAAUGGCUGUUUUGGCAGAUAAAAUUGCCAACACCGGGGUUCCUAUUCCCUUAGACACAGUAUUCUCAUCGCCAAAUAUCGAUUGGAGUCAUGAUACCCUUUCGCCUUCACCUUCGCUUCUCGCUUUGCAAUCCAGUGACCUUAACGUUAUCGACUUUGAUGCACAACAUCUUGACCAAUAUUUUAUGUUACAUAAUUGGACUUUAAAGUAUCCAGAACCGUUUAUAAAGCUUUAUACAAAUAGAGGAAUGAUAAUGAGAACUUUUGGAUCAAAACAUUAUUCAAAAUAUUUAAAAGAUAUUGGAUUAAGACCACACACGGCCAUUGGGUGUAUUCUUGAUUAUUUGUUUCGUCCAGUUCCUGAAGCCUUAUGGUUUAUUACGGAAUAUACUUCUUUGUUUGCGUUACCUAGUAUUUUUUCCGUCGGAAUCCAAAUUCGAACGGGUGAUUCUAAGAUGAAUAAAAAAGAUGGUCUGGGACAUUCACACUCGUUACAAGAAUACAAACAUUUUUUUAGGUGUGCAGAUCAAUUAACUCAAAUGUAUUCUGCACCAUCGCAAAAAGUUAUUUAUUUUUUGGUAACAGAUUCUGUAAGGUUAAGAGAUGAGGCUAUCCAGAAACUUGAACAUGUAAUAGUUUCAGGAUUACCUGUUAGUGGUGAAGGAAAUAAAGAAGAGAAUGAUUGGGAUAAAGCGAAUGAGAUUAAUAAUGCAAUAAUUGAAAAUUGGAUACUAAGUAAAACAGAUUACAGAGUCAUAUCACCGGGUGGAUAUGGAAAGUUAUCAGCAUUUCAUUCAAAACAAUUACAUUCCACUGUGUCUAUGGUAUACUCUGGACUUAACGACCAG